GGGUGACAGCUUUACGAAACUACUAAUCGCUCGCUUGUGCUCGACGUUUCUUAGAAUCUCUACGUCAUUUGUCAAAAUUAAUCGUCAAGACCUUCGCAUUACGCCUGACAAACCUUGUAUAUUAGUGAUCAGCGAAGGUGUAACCAGGCAAAAUGGGAGAAAGAAAGGGUGUCAAUAAAUAUUAUCCCCCUGAUUAUGACCCAAGGAAAGGUGGUCUUAACAAGUUUCAGGGCACUCAUGCUCUCCGUGAGCGUGCCCGGAAACUACACAUGGGUAUUCUUAUUAUUCGAUUUGAGAUGCCAUACAAUAUCUGGUGUGAUGGCUGCGAAAACCACAUUGGUACAGGUGUAAGAUACAAUGCAGAGAAAAAGAAGGUGGGGAUGUAUUACUCAACUCCUAUUUAUCAGUUUCGAAUGAAAUGCCAUUUGUGCGACAACCACUUUGAAAUAAAGACUGAUCCAGCUAAUUUGGAUUAUGAAAUUGUUAGUGGGGCAAGGCGUCAGGAAAGGAGAUGGGAUCCAACAGAUAACGAACAGAUUGUUCCCGAAGACAAAGAGGUAACUCGAAAAAUGGCAGCUGAUGCUAUGUUCAAGUUAGAACACGGUGUCGAUGAUAAAAAGAAGUCAAAAGCCAACCAUGCCAGUAUAGAGCAACUUGAAGAGUUUCAGACCAGGCGUUGGCAUGAUGACUAUGGUGCAAAUAGGGCUAUGAGAGACAUGAUGAGGGUGAAACGCACGAAGGAACAAGAACAAGCUACUCGUGAUGCAUCUUACAACCUUCCUGUUCCUCUUCUGCCACCAGAUGAGAGUGAUGAGAAAACAGCAGAAUUGCUUCAGUUAACGCAGAGCCUCUUCUAUUCCUGUGUCAAAUACAAAUUCCAGACAUGUCCCUCCACUUCUGGAGAAGAAAAAGGUUCAAGGGGAUCAUGUAAGCUGGUUCAUGCACAUAUGGUCCCCAAGUUCUCAGAUAAAAACUUGAACCCUGUUUUUUUUGUGUCUUGAUCCAGUUGUGAAGGUUAUGUACUGGCCUUAUGCAGCCCUGGUCUUUGGAUCAAUGAAUUGUAUGGAUCUUUUCUUUACAUACACUCAUUCUUUUUGAUACAAGGUGUCAUUACUGUUUAUUAAUUUUUGGCACUAUUUUGUCCACUGUUCCAUUAAGUUCAAGAAGUGUUUUUUGCUCAGUAAGUCUUGCAACAUCCAGGUUACCACAUUUAAUAUUUGCCUUAUUGUGAUCAAAAAGCCUCAGAUUGUCUGGUCCAGUGGCUGCUUGUUUUAUUUAAUACAAAUUUAUGGAAUUAUUUUUGAGAUUCCUAUGGUUUCCUUCAUUUAAAAUGCAGGCUUUCCACUACCUAAAGUGAUAAGCUUCACUUUUUUGUAAUUUGUCUUGUUUCCUAUAGAUAAAACGAUAUGGUAUCUCAUCAGUUUUUGCCUUAAAAGAUCUCCAUAUAGACUAACACCUAACAAAAUAGAAAUAAAGUAAGAGUUACAUCUGUAAAAUGUUUGCUAAUAUAAAAAAAAAUUAAAUAUCUACUGUUAGAGUGAUAUGAUUAUAGUACUGGUUUGACAAAAGUGGAAAUGUUGACUUUGAGAUCAAUGAAACUGUAGUUUAAAAGAGCACUCAUAUUGAUUCUUAGAUUCAAGUUUAGAAGUGAGAACAUUUUUCAUCCUACAUUAACACAUAGUUGGAAAGUUCAUGAAUCAGUCAUGUUUCAGUUACUACUCUGUACAAUUAAAAAUAAAAGGAUAUAAAUGUGUAAGAAUACACACCCCUGAUUUGCAAACAGUAUCAGUGAAUGAAAUUAAGUGGUGAGACGGGACUUACCCUUGGGAGGACGAGGUCACACUCGUUAUCCACUGCCUCAACAGCUUAAACAGCUAUCCAGUUCAGUUCUUCUUGCCUUAACCAAACUAUUUUAUUUAUUUAUUAUAAAUUAGUUUAAAAAAUACCACUAGAUCCCAUUUCUAGGCUCAUAGCCUUUUUUCUUAAGUGAAAGGUGAAAACUGGAGAUAUGUUAAAGAAGUUGGAUAGCUUAGGGUAAGAAACCAAAAGGAAUGGCAGAAAAUAUUGCAUUUGGGAAUUAAGGGAUGCUGCAAAGGGACUCAAGCACCAUCAACAGUGUGCCACUGAUGCAUUAAGUGGUAUCCUUAACCAGAUGUAUGGCAGCAAUAAAAGUAAGUUGUUUGUAUGUGCCGAACAAACUUAGUUUGAAUUUUGCACAUGUUGUGGUGGCUAUGAUAGAAAGAAAUUUCUUGUGUUCUGGUGCUCAAUAUCAGUACACUGUACAUGUAAUGCAAUGAACACUAGGUGAAAAAAGAGAACUGUAUGAAGGUUACAAUAAAAGAUAUGUCUGUUAUGCUUAUACUUAUUAGAUAGGUGAAUGUUCCCCACAGAAAUGAUGAAAAUUAAGUGAGAGAAUAAAAGAGUAUUUAGGCCAGGAAUCAGAGAACAUAGUGAGGUGAAUGUGCUGUGAGGUAAGGUACCCUGGAACAUUGAAAAAGAUGGUAACCUGCCUAGGUUAGAACAAGGGUUACAUUGCAAACUGGUGGUUAACACCACAAAUACGAUACUGUAAUUAGCUGGGGUGAAAGCUACAACGAAUAGAGUUACUGACUAGUUUUGUCAGGACAAUAAUUUUAAAUCCGUUUCAGAAGGAAUAUGAGGAAUAAGAGUGGAUAUCUUAUUGAGUGGGAUUGACAAGUGAGAUUGAGCAGAUGACUUUCAAAUGAAUUAUGGUUUUUACUUUAAACAACUAUUUCAUCAAAAUACUUUUUGCACCUAGCCUUAAAGUAACAAAUGCCUUUAUGACAAAAGUUUAAUUCUGAACCUUAAACUGUCGAAAUUAAAUCAGUUAGUUGAUAUAAUGAUCUGGUACAUUAGACAUAAUAGAUUUUUUUUAAAUAGUGUAAAAGUUAGUUGUAGUCCAAAACAGCAUUGUGUUAUCCAGUUAUAUAACAACAUUACAUGUUAUAUUGAUACACUUGAAAUGUUUAUUGUACUUAAAAUAAUCUUGAAAGCAUUUUUUUAAAGCAUUUAUUUACAAAUUCCUAUAAUAUAUCAGUCAUUUAAAUAUCAGAAAAUACAAAUGUAAAGGGGUUAUUUGGUGCACAUUUUAGGCUGUUUAUCUUACUUAAAAUAUUAAUCUCGAAGGCAUUUUUGUAAAGCAUUUAUUUACAGAUUACUGUAAUAUAUACCAUUCAUUUAAGGAUCAGAAAUUACAAACGUAAGGGGAUUAUGUGGUGCAAAUUUUAGGCUAAGUGAAUUCUGCUGCUUUUUUAACAGAGUAUCAUUGAAAUAGCUUUUAUACUUGUAUGACAUACCUUGUUAAAUACUUCAUACAGUAGUAUGAUGUCUAAUAUACUGUAACUCAGGGCAAAAUAUUUUGUUAACUAUAAAAUGAGUAUUAUUAAAGUAGUUUAAUCAGACCACCAAAUCAAAAGUUUUAGUUAAUAUGAAUGGUACAUAAUAAGAAUAGCAUUCUGUUUGGUAGUGUAAGGAAAUAUAGUAGUUGGUUUUUCUGGAACUAAAAUAAACAAAGGAGUUUUUUAUCUAAAUGACUGUUUUAUUAGAUAGCUUUUUAUAGAACUGAAAUAAACAAAGGAGUUUUAUCCAAAUGACUGUUUACCAGGUAGAAUUAAUACAGUGGUUGAGAUAAAUUCUGACUUCAACAAAUCUCCCAUGUUUGUCCCAUAGUACUGUAAUUUAAAGACUUUGGGUUCUGGUUGAUUACAAAAACUUAGAAUGUUACAUUUGGCUCUUUU